GGAAUAGUUUCUAGGGCUAAAAAUGACGUGGUUUUUCAUAUGUUUUCUAGCAUUACAAUUAGUUUUUUGCAAUGCAGAAAUGCAUAAAGAAAACGAAAUAUUUCGGUACAGCGGAUCCAAUGGGAGCAUGGUUAAGUUUCUGAAGCUGGAAAAUAAACUUAAAAAAAACUUGGAGGUCAUUGGCAAGGACUUGCAGGAUAAGCUAAAUAUGAUAAAGCUCUACCAGACGAUGUUGGAGCAUGUUCCUCUGACUGGCCCCAAAAAGCAGGAGGAGUAUGUUGCAAAUCCUCUUAACGCAUUUGCAUUGCUGAGAAGGCUCCGACAGGACUGGCCCAAAUGGCUGGCAUACCUUGGCAAUCAAACCAAAAUGGAAAGGAUGCAAAAGCAUUUGGAGCUGGUGCCAAGCGAGAAAGACUUGCAGACAGCUGUUGAAGGCUUAUUGCGCAUUGAGAGUGUCUACAAUCUGGAGACAUCUCAUAUGGCCAAGGGCUUGCUGCUCGACACGCAAUACAACUCGUUUCUUACAACACCUGAUUGCAUUGCCCUGGCGGAGAGACUCUUCAAUGAUACAGAAUAUGCCAGAUCUUCGCAUUGGUAUCGCACAGCGGUGCGACUAUACAGACAGCCGUAUGAUAAUCUGUUCAGUCGCGUGCUAGGCUUGAAGCGCAAAAAACUGAACAGAAUGUACGCUCAGGCGAUUGUCAACGAGCCGGAUAACACAAAUACGCCGCCAACGGAUGGCAUCGAUCCCAGCUGGCAAGAACUGGCUGAAAAAAUAUCGAAGAACGUUAUUCGCGAGAGCAGCAGCGAUAAAAUCACUCACAUGGUCAAUAAGUAUCUGUCUGUGGAUGAGAAAAUCUACAUCAGUCUGCGGGCCAAGUAUAGGCCACAGCCCAAAGCCGUGGAGAGAGCUUGUCGCGGACUCUGGCCGGAGCGGAAGACGGAUCAUUUAAGCUGUCGCUACGUCUACGAGAACUCAGCUUACUUGAAGCUGGCGCCACUGAAGCUGGAGCAGUUGAGUCUGGAGCCCUUGGUGCAGCUCUAUCACGAUGUGUUGUACGAUAGUGAAAUAAAAGCGAUUCAAAAUAUGUCAGUUCCCGAAGCCAACGCCAAGAGGGUGGAGCUGAGCGUAAAUCAGAGAAUUGCUGAUAUGACGGGCUUCGGUAUGAUGGAGCAUAAUAAGCUGCACGUGCUCAACUUUGCCCUGGGCCAAGGCGCCGACACGAAAAGCUGCAAAGCGCGUGCCGAUCGCAUAGCCACAAUUGUCUUUUAUGCGAAUGACGUUGCUGUCGGUGGCGCUACCAUUUUUCCAAAACUGCGGCUUCUGGUCCAGCCGAGGCGUGGCACAGCCCUGCUGUGGUACAAUUUGAAUGCAGCCGGCGCAGCAGAUCCUUUGGCAAAGCACGCUGUGUGCCCCGUGGUCCUGGGCUCCAGAUGGGCCAUUACAAAGUGCAUGGAGCAGGAACAGCGGCGGCCGUCCAAGAAGCUCUGCCUGGCCUGAAUAGAUAUAUAGAUGUCUCUGAAAGAUAAGAGUAAUGCUAAUAAACAGCUCAAUGCUUACAAAAGUGGAA